UGGGUAUGGCGAACAAUCGGCUGGUUUAGAAAGAUCACGCAAGGAGAAGAAAUUGAAGAAAGCGCCUUCACGUGCUCCUUUGCGUGCAAGCCUCACGAGACGUUGAGAAGACGGAUUAGUACUGCCCUUGGCCAUCAUAUAACAUGCUUUUCCUAGGAGUCAUGGUCCUCUUGGCUUCAGCUACGGCCAGCGAUGAUGAUGAGCGGCUGAACAUGUUCGUGCGUCGCUUCGAGCCCGUGUACUACGACCCGGAGCUGGUGCACCGGAACCACGUGCGGGCAAAACGUUCCAUCGAGGACGGCGAGAGUGGCCACGUACACGUGCAGAUACGCAGCACUAAACGGUCGCUCGACUUGCAUCUUUCUGCCGACGCGUCCGUUUUCCACGAGGAUCUCGUUGUCGAAUCGUCCACGGAAGGGAUUGUCAACGUCGAUACAAGCCAUAUCUACAAGGGAUACGUUAUCGGCCAACCUCACAGCCGGGUUUUCGGCUCUCUGCACCGUGGUGUGUUCGAAGGCAGCAUCGACACCGGCUCGGGCGCCAGCCUCUACGUGGAGCGGGCCAGGAGGUUCUUCAACGACACCCGCCCUUACCACUCGGUGCUCUACUCGAGCGCGGACGUCGAGAUCCCCGCGGCGGCAGGAGGAGGCAGCGGCCACUGGUGCGGGUUGCACGGCAGCACCGAGCGCUGGAUGAAGGAUAUGCUACGCAGAUUCCGUCGCACUUCGGCUCCUGAGCCUCACCUCGCUCAUGGUCGCGUGGGCCGAAAGUUGCACGCCGUUACCAAAGCAAGUGACAACGACGAAAGUGACAAAAACGACGCUGACAAAAUUGGAAUGAGUCAGGCUGACGACGACGGCGACGACGAAUGGCUAGAAAACACCACUACGAAAGACGGCGAGCGAGUCGUCGGAGAACGACGUGACGCCACCGAUAAGACGGAGCGGGAAGACCCGGACGAUUCCGAAGACGAGGUAGACACGCUGAAGACUCUGAGGCCCAAGGGGAGGAGACCCAGCCGACGGCGGGAAGACUCACGGUCGCGUCGCGUGUGUAACUUGGAAAUCAUCGUCGACAACACGCUCGCCGAGACCGUCCUGGCGGAGACGGCAACGCUGGCACCGGCGCGGGAGGUCAUCGCGUCCGUCAUCGCCCACAUGGUGGACAAGGUGAACGCCAUCUACGGCGACACAAACUUUGGCGGCAUCGAAGACAUCAACUUCGUCGUGCAACACAUCAUGAUUGCCGAGCCCGGGGACUGUGUGGGCUACAAGGCCAAGCAGGACCCUCUGUGCCGCACGUCCCUGGACGCACCGCAGCUGCUGUACCUGGCGUCACUGACCCGACACGAUGACUACUGCCUCUCGUACAGGCUCAAUUACCGGGACUUCGCGGACGGCACCCUGGGUCUUGCGUGGAUUGCCAGCGACAAAAUUGCCUCUGGCGGCAUCUGUGAGCGGUACCGGACGUCCGUGGAGCUCGACCCCGUCAAUGGCGACUACAAGCAGGCCAAGUUGAGCCUUAACACUGGCAUCACCACGCUCAUCAACCACAAGCAGUACGUGGGGCUUCUCAUAGGGGCACUCACACUCGCCCAUGAGAUUGGUCACAGCUUCGGAUCACCCCACGACAAAGGGAGUAUCUGCGAACCCGUGGGAGCCGCGGGCAAGUUCCUGAUGUACGAGUCGGCGACCAAGGGGGACAGGCCGAACAACGACCGCUUCUCGCCCUGCAGCAUCGGCAACAUCAGCGCGAUCCUUGUGCCAGUCCUCAAUGGACAGAGCCCGCGCGAGAACUGCUUCCAGAGGCACAGCGGUCCCGUGUGCGGCAACCGGAUCGUGGAGGGAAACGAGCAGUGCGACUGCGGUCUCAAUGAGGCCGAGUGCACGGACAAGUGCUGCUACCCGCGUCACACGCAGAACAAGUCGCUCUCCUGCAGCCUCAAGCCGUUUGCCCGGUGCAGCCCCACAGCUGGCGUCUGCUGCAACGCGUCGUGCAGCUUCGUACCAAGAGGGAAAUUGUGCAGUGAGGCGACCGACUGCACCGAGGUUUCGUUCUGCGACGGCAAGAGGGCCGAGUGUCCUAAGGCGCCGGCCAAGCCCAACAUGACGUCGUGCAACAAGAACACGCAGGUGUGCUUCUCAGGCCAGUGCAUGGGCUCCAUAUGCCAGAAGUACGGACUUGAGGAGUGCUUCCGCGGCGCCAAGGGGCUGAGCAUCGACGAGCUUUGCCUCCUCACCUGUCAGGCACAUGGCUCGUCAGAAUGCAAGGUUGCGUGCUCCUUCCCGAAGAUGGCCAGCCACUGCGGUGCCAAGCUGCAGCCGGGGUCCCCGUGCAAUGACAUGCGCGGGUACUGCGACAUCUUUCACAAGUGUCGCCUCGUCGAGCCACGGGGUUUCUUGACGCGGCUGCAGGGGUUCUUCUUCGGUGGUGGAUCAGUGCACACCCUGUACGAGUUCCUCGCACACCACCCUAUCGUAUCGUGCCUGGUGAUCCUCGGCUCCUCCUGGUUCAUGCUGCUCAUAUUUCGCUGCUUCGCUGUGCAUACGCCUAGCAACAACCCCCUGAAGAAGCCGCCCUUCAAGCUCAAGGACACACUAAGGCACCCUAUCGACACCUUCGUCAGCAGCUGACGAGGGCUGUGCCGCUGUCAUCAUGCAGGACACCGCCACAGCGUCAACAUGAAGUGGGACGCGUUGUUAUUGACUCCGUGAUGAGUCAACAACGCCCUUCAAAUGCCUUGCUUUAAGCUGGGAUGUUCUUUAUUAUUACACCAGUUCAAUGUCUAUUUCAGGCAUUACAAUUGUCACAAGGUC